AUGGGAAAAUACAGCGAGUAUUUUCUGGUGCACGAGAAUAUGCUGAUAUGCAAUACCUGCAGUUGGGCAAUCCCGAAACCGAAGGACUGCACGACGUCUUCUCUGCGCCAUCACUUGCGAAAGAAACACCCAGACCUCUACAGCUGUUUCAAAGAUCGCGAAGAUCGAACCAAGUACGAACGUGCGACUGCUGCCGAACGGGCUAUGGCCUUGGCGCACGGCCUGAAACGAAUCUGGAAAUCAGAGCCUGAAGCUGGUCCUGAGCCUUCGCAACCGAAACGACCGAGCUGUAAAGCCGGUACAUCUUUUGCAUCAGUCUCGGAGGCGACCAUCUGGGAACCACCUCAUCGAGACCGCAUGGAUAACAUUGAAAAAGCCAUUACGCAGCUGCUGUGCACCGCUGCUUUGCCCUCGUCUUUCGUCGAGAGUCCAGGAUUCCGUAACCUCAUCAGCGUGAUUUCUCCUCGCUUCCACCUGAAGCCUCGAGUCCAUUUCACUGAAAACUCAUUGAAUGCGUUGUAUGAUGAAUACAUAACAAAGAUGAGAACAAUGCUUAAUUCGGCCUUGUUCGUGAGCUUUUCCGCAGAUGUGAGGGUACUACCGGCAGGAAAGGACUCUCUAGUCACGUUCACUGUUCAUUUCAUUGAUGACAGGAUGGUUCCGCGUUUUGCAACCGUAUCGGCGAAUUUAUUCUAUGGUCUUCCCACACCUGAACAGACAAGAGCCCUUCUAGCAAAGGCUCUGAAUUCAUUCGCGAUAAGCCAGGAGAAGGUGCACAUUCUUGUCGAACACUGGCCGAUACCUGCCACGGCUACUUCAACCUAUGUGAAGCAUUUGGGUGACUUCUCUCAGAAACUCCAAAAGGUUCGAUUUUUUUCUUUGUGCCGAAGUUGA